AUGGAUGUCCUUGUUGAUCGCGUGGUCAAUGGAAGAAUCUUCAAGAAUUUCGCCUCAUUCGUUCGAGGAGACAGUCGGAAUUUAAAAGAGGCUGCUGAUCGCUCAUGGACUGCAAACUACGGAAAGCCUUCAGAGCCAAGAAGCUCAAGGACAACAUCCAUAAGAGACGGUGCAGAGUUGGUCAGCCAAACCAGGGAAAGACGAGCCUCAGAAGCCAACUGCACUUCUGUUAGUCCAACCACGAGUAUUAUGGACAUCGAACAUUGCCAAUCCCGCCCACAUCUAGAUUAUGGCUCGGAAACUUUUCAAGACGAAUUUCACGAAAGUCGAAGUUCUUUUUCACAGUCCCACCAUUCGCCAGAUCUCGAUGCUAAAUAUCCUCCACUCACUUCGCGAUAUUUGAAAAUAUUCACAUUCCAAGGAGAGUUUGGCGAAGUGGGGACUGGACUCGCGCUCACGAAGAAUCUUGUUUGGCAAUUAAACGCCGUAUACCGAUCUGAGAACAAAGCCAACGAGUAUGAAGAAGCGAUCCACGAAAUAGAUAGAAACCUAGCAGACUGGGGUUCCUUGGCCUCCGAGCUCCCGGAGCUCAUUGAAAGGGCUGCCGACGACGAUGAUCGGAAUGGUCUUCUCAAGAGUCUCCACGAUGCUGAAAAAAUGGUGAUGAUGAAUGAGGAGAAGAGACUACAUUUGGUGGAGAGAUAUCAAUACUGGACAGCGGAAAAGGGAAUACCUCUCAAACAAAUGCUGCAAAACCUCAACGUAGUCCUGGGGUCCAACAAUCUCUUGGAGGAAACUCCACCUGAGAGUGAAGUCGACUUCGAGAAUUCUGAGACUGGUCGAUAUGACGCGAGUAGUGUGUCAUCGCCAUCUCCAAGCGACAUCGCUCGAGAGGAGCUCGAAACUGAGAAGCAAAUGGCUCGAGACAUUCUCCAUGAGCGGCGAUUGCGCUUACAAGAAACCCAAGAGAGGGUUGAUCAUUGGAAUGAUUACUACGAGGCAGAAUACAACAAGUUCCUCCACUUACCGCCGGAGGGGAUACUCGGCGCAACUAAGACUGACUUCGACACCGAGAUGGUUCGGCAAGGCCAAGCGGCGACGAGAGCUUGUAUUGAGGCAGAGGAGGAUUUGGAUGAUGCCAUAGAAUACGCCAGGAUACUGAAGGUCGACUUCGAACAUUUCGACCAAGAAUCUGGUUUCAUUAGUCAUGUUGAGGACGGUCAUAUCGAAUCAAUGGACCCCACGAAAGUUUACACUGUUGACAAAGCACGGGUUGAGAGAUGGAUGUCAGACCAAAAUGAAGCGGUUGAGACUUCUGGAGACUUUGAUGAUUGGGAAUGUAAAUCCAUUGGUCUUUACGACAGUAUCAGCAUCGUUGGAGCUCACAUUGCAACUGGAAAGCAUCGAAAGCGCAUUGAUCGCUGGCGUGCGAUGUGUGAGCUGAAUUUGAGGGAUAUAGACGCAGAGACUAUCUAG